UGAGGAAUGGGAUCAGACUUAUUAUCCAAAUGUCAUAGGGUUAAAGGGAGUGAGAAGAUAAGUGUGUGGCCUCUAAACAUAUUCGCCCUCCCUCCUAGCUUUCUGGAGAACUGCAGGUCUAGGAAACACAGAUCUCCAUUGUCUGCUGCUUUCUAAAACAGCUGGAUUUCCCCUCCUCCUCCUCCUGACUGCUGAUCUCCCCUCGGCUUCCUCUUUUGUUUCAUACAUUCAGCAGAGCAGACUGGCUGGGUGCAUGAGCCGCACACACAGCAUCCAUAGUGAAAGAAGUAUCUACACUGCAUGAGCUUUGUGUCCAGCCAUUGGGAACCGAGGCAUUCACUCCAGCAUCCAUUCCUGGGCUCUGGUUACAAGCUCAUUCCCAGCCUGUGGAUUUUCUGUUUCUCCAGCAGCACAUGUGAGUGAGUGUCCUUCACCCACACAACAGUCAAGGUGUGAUCUGGGCUGGGUACACUUUGCGGGCUGCUGCCAUUUCCGUGCCCACUCUUGCAAGCUUUCUUCCUCCAAUUUGUACCCUCUGCCUGUAGGGAGUGGCUGAUCAUAGAGGCAGACUGCAGGGCUGGGCUGAUGCUGGGAUCCAUCUGCUAAACUGGUGCCUUGGCUGCUGACACGUCAAGAGGAUUGGAAACAUGGACAAUGCACACAACCCAAAGGUUUGAUGGUUAAAAGCUGAGUGACGCCUCCUGUGUCUUGGGAAGACUGCUAGACUGGGCGCAUAGACUGCUGAAAAUAUGCUGAAACCAAGUGGGUUUAAAAUACCUGGGAGGGGACCCAAACACUCCAGCCCAGUAGGCAGAUCUUCUGCGGGAACAAGUGUGACUGGCAGCACCAGUUCCAAAGAAGGUUCUCCUUUACACAAACAGGGAUCUACAUCUUCAGCUUGUGGAGAGAAAUCAAGUUCAAAAUUCAUAGAGGUUGGGGAUGAAUUUGCUGGAGAUUUUGUGGUUGGAGAACGUGUAUGGGUCAAUGGAGUGAAGUUUGGAGUCGUGCAAUACCUGGGAGAAACACAGUUUGCACCAGGACAGUGGGCAGGAGUUGUUUUGGAUGAUUUUGUUGGAAAAAAUGAUGGAUCCGUAGGUGGAGUCCGCUAUUUCGAAUGCCAGCCAUUACAAGGGAUAUUUACAAGGCCUUCCAAGUUGACCCGACAACCUGUGGCAGAUGGUGCAGGUAGUGAUUCUCAUUCAGUAGAGUCAUUGACAACGCAGAACUUGUCCUUGCAUUCUGGAACAGCCACCCCGCCUCUUAAUACUCGCAUUGUACCUUUGCGGGAAAGUGUCUUAAACAGUACCAGAAAGACCGGAAAUGAGUCAGGAUCAAAUAUUUCAGACAGUGGGUCGGUGAAAAAAGGUGAUAAAGAUCUGAGGAUUGGAGAUCGCGUUCUGGUGGGUGGAACAAAGACAGGAGUUGUGCGUUAUGUGGGAGAGACGGAUUUUGCAAAAGGAGAGUGGUGCGGAGUGGAGUUGGAUGAGCCUCUUGGGAAAAAUGAUGGAGCAGUUGCUGGAACAAGGUAUUUUCAGUGUCCUCCAAAGUUUGGCCUUUUUGCACCAAUUCACAAAGUCAUUAGGAUUGGCUUUCCAUCUACUAGUCCUGCGAAAGCCAAAAAAAGCAAGCGGAUGGCUAUGGGAGUAUCUGCUCUUACUCACAGUCCCAGCAGUUCGUCUAUAAGCUCUGUGAGCUCUGUAGCAUCAUCAGUUGGAGGAAGACCUAGCAGAAGUGGCCUGCUCACAGAAACCUCAUCAAGGUAUGCACGGAAAAUCUCUGGUACUACUGCGCUACAGGAGGCACUAAAGGAGAAACAGCAACAUAUUGAGCAACUACUGGCAGAAAGAGAUCUUGAACGAGCUGAGGUGGCAAAGGCCACAAGUCAUAUCUGUGAAGUUGAGAAGGAACUCACACUCUUAAAAACUAAACACGAGCAGUAUGUAACAGAAGCAGAAGGUAACCUUCAUCAUGCUCAUGCUUUAGUGGAGACAGCACAAAAAGAAAAAAUGGAGUUCCUUAACCAACUGGAAGAGGAAAGAAGGAAGGUGGAAGAUCUCCAGUUUAGAGUGGAAGAGGAAUCCAUAACAAAGGGUGAUUUAGAGACACAGACGCAGUUGGAGCAUGCCCAAAUUCGGGAGCUCGAGCAGAGCCUACUGUUUGAGAAGGCAAAAACAUCAAAACUUCUCAAAGAAUUAGAGGACAAGAGGCUAACAACUGUUGCUGAACAGUCAAGAAUUCAACAACUGGAAGAGGAGCUGAACCUUCGUCGCAAUGAAAUUGAAGACCUUCAUCACUGCUUGUUGAAUUCCAGUCAGUCAGAGAUUCCGGAAAACAAUCUGGGUCUGCAGACAGAAGCAUUGCGUCUUCGAGACAAACUCUUGUCUGCCAGUAAGGAACACCAUAAAGAGAGCAGCCAGCAGAGAGACACGUAUGAGAAAAGCAUAAAAAAAUACCAACAGGAGGUGGAAAAACUAAAAAGCUCAAAUGAGAAACAUGUCCAGGAGAUUGUGGAACUAAAGAAGAAGCUUGAGCAGGCUACCAAGGAGAAUAUAGGCAUGAUGGAUAGUUGGAAGUCUAAACUGGAUAGCUUAGUUACUAAUCAUCAGAGGUCAUUGGAGGACUUAAAGGGCUCUCUGUCCACCAACCCUGACACCAAACAUAAAGAGAUAGUGGAGCUUAAAGCAAAUUUGGAAAGUUUAAAAAUGGAGCAUCAACUUGAGACUGAGAACCUGAAAGCCAAGAACGAGAUUGACAUAGCCAUCCACAUUAAGGAAAACGAAAACCUCAAGAUGAAACUGCAGGAGAUAAGGGAUGAAGUUGAAGAAAGCAAUAACAACUGGAAAGCACAACUAGAGUCAAAAACAAAUCAGCACCUCAAAGAACUUCAGGAUAUUAAAGACAAAUGCAGAGAAGCAGAACUUAGAGUGGGUGAACUAGAAAAGUUACAAACUCAAUAUAGCGAUCAGACACAAGCCAUAGCCUUCCUAAAGGAGCAGAUUUCAAGCGCAGAACAGAAAAUGCAGGAUCAUGACACUCUUCAGAAAUCUGAUGUACGAAAUAAACAAGAAAUCCAAAGGUUGCAGGAGACACUUCUGGUCUUGGAAAAUAAAUUACAGACAAUGGAGUUCCAUCCAUCUCAAAAUGCUAAUAUGAUUGAGACAAAUGACAUUUCAGAAGAGAAGAUAAAAAUGAAGAAUACUAUAGAAGAUCUACAAGUCAAACUCAGUAAGCGGGACAAAGAAGUAUCAACGAUUACAUCACAUACUGAAGCACUAAAAGCUCAGGUCAAUGCACUAGAAAACAAAUGCAAAGCAGGAGAAAAGAAAGUUGAUGCUUUAGUAAAAGAGAAUAAAAGGCUGGAAGCAGAACUAGAAGCUUUUUGGAGGAAGUCCCAUGAUUCCUCAGGGAAGUUUGUUAUGAUCAGUCAAGAUUUACUCAAGAAGGAGCGAAGUCUAAAUGAAUUGAGAGCUCUGCUUCUGGAAGCCAAUCGCCACUCUCCAGGACCAGAGAAAGAUUUAAGCAGAGAAGUUCAUAAAGCAGAUUGGAGAUCAAAGGAGCAAAAACUCAAGGAAGAAAUAAAAAUAUUAAGAGACAAGUUAAUUAUUGUGGAUAAAGAGAAGCCUGGAUCAGAACAGAGGCGCUACUCACUUAUUGAUCCCACAACAGAGUCAGAAGUUCUGCGAUUACAACACCGUUUGAUUAACACAGAGGAUGCUCUGCGGGUUGCCCUUGAUCAGGGUCAACAGGUGGAGAAACUAAUGGAGGCCAUGCGAAAUGGAGCAGAUAAGCCACAGAUUACUGAAAACUCAGGUUCCGCCAAUGGGAUCCAUGAACAGGACACGGCCCACAAAGAAGAGGAAAAUCAUUAAAAUUGAGGACAAAUCCUUUUUGGUGGGCCUAAAAUUCUCCAACGCAGUGUUUUCAUUUAAGACAGCAGUGUUGAUAAGCUACAGCACUAUCAGCUAUCUCUCUAGGACAAUCAUUUGGAGGGCACCAGUUGAUGGACUUCAGGAAGCACAUAAUUCCACAAUCUAUAAUUCCACAAUCCCAAUUGUUUCUCAUAUCAUGGGCCAGUUAACGUAACAAUGCACUGUCUAACCUGGAUUUGGCCAGUUCUCAUUUUUGUUUUGUUGAUUUCGUCUGCUUUAGCUUUCAUUGCCAGAGCUAUUUGGAAUGGCUAAAGUAAACACUUGCCAUAAUAACUUAUUUGUAGUUGAAAUGUUUAAUACUACAGGCACAAACAUAGUUAUGACACUAAAUAUUUUACUGAAUCUGAAGACAGAGAUGACACGGCAAAGGCUUGGAUCAUUAAACAUCAUCUGACCAGCAGAAGAAGCUCAAGUGUUUCUGUGCAUUGGAUGACACAGCAAAGUCAACAAAGAUCCAAACUCAUCAUGAAAAAUAUAAUUUUUUUUCAGGGAAAACAGUAUUUGAUAAGAAUGGUAUAUAUGCUUUUUUUUAAUUGUAAAUAACCCUUGUUAUUGUUGUGGCAGUUACUGACUGACUAUGAUCAACAAACUGCACUUAUUACAGAUGAUGUGAAUGUAGAUAGCAAGCCCACCUCUGGUUAUCUCAUUUGCUCUCAAAAUGCCCAAAUAAAACAAAAGUAAAACCAUAUAAACACUGUAUAACCACUCAAAUAUCUGGUUAAUACAUAAAUCCCGCAGGAACCUUUACUAAAACGAAGGGUAUAUAAGGCUUCAACGUUAGACUCUAUAGAUCUGGUCUUUUUAGAAUGAUAAAAUACACCUUUUAAUUCAUGCAAUAUCUUAUUUAUUUAAAGGGGGGCAAAUGUGCCUGUAAAUGCUCAGUUUGCAGAUUACAUUGUGCGGAUUGUCUAAGCAGACAUGACACUGACAGGUUUUCAAAAAAUCUAGACCUUUUUGUCUUAAAGGGAAACUAAUCCUGUUAUAUGUUUUAUAUUAAGAAUGAACGUGUUGUAACAUUAAAGGAGAUUUAUGAAAAAUAAAUAGGCAGUACCUGCUAUAUCAUAAAACAAAAAUGAAAUGAAACUUUGUACAAUAUGUUUUAUUUUAGAUGUUUCUUCUUACAAUAGAAAGUACAGUGUGACAGUGUAGCUUAUGGUCGGCACAGAACAUAUUUCCCCCACCAUGUUGGGCAGUUAUAUAUAUUAGCGGAAUUGCCUAAAAAUAAAAAUCUAAUAUGAAUUCUAGACAAUUGCACCAGCCCCAUAUGUUUGUGACUAUUAGGGACAGGUUUAUUAUGGGUUGAAACUCUCAAAUUCGAAUUGUGAAUUAUCAAAACUCGAUUCAAAUUUUAAUUCAAAUUCGGAUUUGAAUUCUGAGAUUUAUCAUGCUCUUGAAUAACUCGAUUUCGACUAUUUGCCGCCUUAAACCUGCCGAAUUGCUGUAUAAGUCAAGAGGAGAGGUACAGGGAUCAAUUUGGGGAUGUCUGCAGCCUUCCUGACAUUCGAGUUUUUUCCAGAGAAUUCGAUUCGAGUUUUUCUAAUUGGAAUCGAAUUUGAUUCGAGAUUUUGGGUUGAAUAUAUUCGUCCAAGCUGAGAAAAUUCAAUUUUAUUAAUACAUUUCAAUUGGCCGAAUUUCGAGUUUAUGGGAGUUUUAAAAAACUCUCAUGAAUUCUAAAUACAACCAUUGAUAAAUGUGCCUCCUAGUGGGGCCAUUGUUAUAGUCUGCAGAGAAUUUGCAGAUUACCCAAAGCAGCCAUGUUUUGUGCACAGUAUGGAAAACACAUUUCUAUUUACCAUCUAAUGGGGAAUAAAUGGAAGCCACAUCCUGCUCAGAAAUAGUGUGCAUUUGCCCCUCAACAUAUUGAUGUUUUGAAAAUGUUAAAUGUAUAAAUGUUGCAACACAAUCUUUUAUAUAUUAAAUAUUUUAAUUUAGG